AUCAAUUCAUUUUUGAAAUAUCACUCACCUGAGUUUGCGGCGUGUCUUGCUGUUCUUCCACGUGCUUUCUUCUUUUUCUAAGGCCUAUUUGAGAAUACGUUCGAGAUCGUGUUGUGAAAAUGUUUGGUAAAUUUUCGCUCGGUUUAUAUGAUCCUUAUUUUCCAUGGCCUUAUUUCGGUAUGCGUGACGAUGAAAUUGUGUUAAGCUAUUUCAAAGAAAAAAGUGAUCGCUGUCUCCCUGCAAAAGCUUUUAAUACCAAGCCUGAUAGCAAGAAAAGAAAACACUUCAAGGCUACGCUGAACGUCAAGCACUUUAGUCCAGGCGACAUCGAGGUCAAAGUAGUUGAUAAUUUUGUUGUCAUCCAUGGAAAACGCGACCAACCAGCUGACCAACAUGGUCUUGUGUCGAGAGAGUUCACGAAACGUUACCAACUGCAUGCCGAUGUGGAUGGAGAUGCAAUAAAAUCAUCGUGGAGUCCGGAUGGUGUACUUACUGUCUAUACUCCAAAAUCUCGUACAAAGGAAAGAGUUGUGCCCAUCACCUUCGAAAAACCAAUUUUAAUUGAAAAAUUUGAAACGUGGUUAGAAGAAGACAGGAAGAUAUUUGCUGAACAUCGGCGAACACGUGCUCAAAGGAAUGCAAAGUUAUCUGAGAAUCCUAUUAUGGUAGGCAUGGAGUUUUUUUAAAAAUCGGAUCAUGUACAUUGAAUUUAUUUAGAGGUUAUAUUAUGCUGU